GCUGUAGCAGCUCUCUCUCUCUCUGAGUCUCUCUCAGUCUCCCUCCCCGUCACACGGCGAGUCGGACCCGCAGCAGCUCCUCACUCGCUCAGAACUGAGAGAUGCCCGGCUUGUCUGGACGGUUCUCUUUUCUCCCGCUUGUGGGAAUUAGAGCCACGCAAGACCUCGGCUGACAGACAUGCAGCUCCAGGAGUGGUUGCGCUCGCUGCGCCCCAGCGGAGGGCUGCGCUUGCUGGAAGCUGAGGAGCUGCGGAGCCUCCUCCCCGCGUUGCCCUCUCUCUCCUCCCUGUCCCUGUCAUCCUCCUCACUGCUGGGCCUAGGGGCUUUGGCCUCCCUCACCGCUUACUGGCUGGUCACCCGUCCCCGGCCCAUCCGGCCACCCUGCGACCUGCAUGCCCAGUCCAUACCUGUCCAGGGAGACCCCAGUUGCAGGCGCUCUGCUCUGCUUAAUGAUGAGACUCUGCUGGACUUCUACUAUGAGGACACCAGGACCGCCUACGACAUGUUCCAGAGAGGACUCCGAGUGGCGGGCACUGGGCCCUGCCUGGGAUACAGGAGAGCGGGGGAGCCGUACCAGUGGAUCUCCUACACUGAGGUGUCUGAGCAAGCGCAGGUUCUUGGCUCUGGCUUGUUGGCCAAAGGGUGUGAGCCCAGCCCCCACCAGUUCAUUGGGAUCUACGCCCAGAACAGACCCGAGUGGGUCAUUGCGGAACUGGCGUGCUACACCUUCUCAAUGGCCGUUGUGCCACUCUAUGACACACUGGGCCUCGAAGCCAUGGUGCACAUCCUCAACCUGGCUGAGAUCUCGCUGGUAAUCUGUGACCGGGAGGAGAAGGCGCAAUCGCUGCUAGACAACAAGGAGAAAGGUGUGACCCCCAAGCUUUCCUGCUUGGUGCUCUUUAAUCCUUUCAGCGUGCUCCUUGCGGAAAGGGGGAAGAAGUGCAGCGUAGAGAUAUUGCAGCUGGCCGAGAUCAUGGAUCUCGGACGGCAGAAUCUCAGAAACCCUGUGCCACCCAGACCUGAAGACCUGGCAGUUGUCUGCUUUACCAGCGGUACCACAGGAAAGCCCAAGGGAGCCAUGAUCACCCAUGGCAACAUUGCGUCCAACACCUCAUCUGUCAUCAAGAUCCUGGAGGGGUCCUUUGUGAUUCGGCAAGAAGAUGUUUCCAUCUCCUACCUGCCCCUCGCCCACAUGUUCGAACGCAUGAUCCAGGUCUCCAUGUUCUGCCACGGCGCCAGGGUGGGCUUCUACCAGGGGGACAUCUCGCUGCUCAUGGACGACAUCAAGACGCUGAGGCCCACUUUCUUCCCGGUGGUCCCACGGCUUCUCAACCGCAUCUAUGACAAGAUCAUGGGCUCGGUGACGUCCCCCCUUCGGCGGGCGGUGCUUCAUUACGCCGUGCGGAGAAAGCAGGCAGAGCUCAGCAGCGGGGUGGUCCGCAACAACAGCCUGUGGGACCGACUGCUCUUUAACAAGAUUCAGGCCAGUCUUGGGGGAAACCUGAGGUUCAUCCUCACCGCCUCGGCGCCCAUCUCCCCCACCGUGCUCUCCUUCCUGAGGGCCACGCUCGGCUGCCUGAUAUUUGAGGGCUACGGACAGACUGAGUGCACGGCUGGCUGCACGUUCUCUAUGCCGGGAGACUGGACGGCAGGUCAUGUCGGUGCUCCCCUCCCCUGUGCUGUGGUGAAGCUCGCAGACAUCCCCGACAUGAACUACUAUGCUAAGAACGGCCAAGGAGAGAUCUGCAUCAGCGGUCACAGCGUCUUUCGGGGUUACCUCCGGGACGAGGCGCGCACAGCGGAGGCACUGGACAGCGAAGGCUGGCUGCACACUGGGGAUGUGGGCCAAUGGCUGCCGAACGGAACGCUGCGAAUCAUCGACAGGAAGAAGCACAUCUUCAAACUGUCACAAGGGGAGUACAUCGCCCCGGAGAAGAUUGAGAACGUGUACAUGCGGAGCGUGCCAGUGCUGCAGGUCUUUGUGCACGGAGACAGCCUGCAGUCUUAUCUGAUUGGCAUAGUUGUCCCUGAUCCAGAGGUGUUUGCAGAGUGGGCCAGAGAGAGGGGCAUUGUGGGAUCUUAUGAGGAACUGUGCCAGAAUCCGGAUGUGAAGAAGGCAGUGUUAGAAGACAUGACUGCAGUGGGAAAGGAAGCAGGGCUCAAGUCUUUCGAACAGGUGAAAGAUCUGCACCUCCACCCAGAGAUGUUCAGCGUGAGCAACGGGCUACUCACCCCCACCUUGAAGAGCCGCCGUGCUGACAUCCGCCGCUUCUUCCACCAACAAAUCUCCCACAUGUACAGCAAGACGCCCAUUUAGAUACACACAUACACAGGCACAGAGGAACCUAUUUAGAACCCACAGCCACGUGUACACAGGAAACUCCUCGAUCAUUACUGCAGUGGAUAGUAGUAAGUAUAACCACAGGGUUUCAAACUCAGGUCAGUGGAGGUGUAAGUGUAUGAUGGUUUUCAUUUGAAACUCUGCUCCUAAUUAUUUUCUUAAUGACUAUGUUUCACAUAUUUAACAUUUUAGCAAAAGAAUGUCACAGAUUAUCAUCUAAAGGGGGACUAUAUUUUGGAAUGUAGUAAACUGCCACCAUAUGGUACCAAUACUGAAUCAAAAGCAGGCAUUGCCAGUAAUAUGCUUUUGUAUAUUUCUGACUUCAUUUCACAUAGCAAAGACAGACUUAGUCUGUAGGUGACAUAGCUAGACACUGAACACUUACCAGUGAACAUUACCACACAUAAAACCAUAUGCUGGAAUGCUGGGGCCGUUGCACAUGUUCAGAUCCCUGGACACACUAACAGCUCCGGUCUGAGCCCUGCUGCACAGCUGGGUCCUGGUGGUCCAGAACCUAUUACAGAGGUACAGGGUGUGAGGCCAGGUCCACGCUGAACAGGACACCAGUCCGGCACAGGCCACUGCGCACUCCUUUAGUCACACAUACGACUACUAAUGACAGUUUAGUCAGCGAUACACCUGAAAGGUGUCUUUGGAUUGUGGGUGGCACAGUGGACAGUGCUGCUGCCUCACAAGUUCAGCUCAGUUCUGCUCUUCACUAAACAGCCACAGUGAGCAGGGUUCAUCAGGCAGAGGACAGAAAAGUGCAGGAAGAAACACUCACUGCUGGGAGCUGAGCAUGUCUGUGGUUCCGUAGCGCUUCCAAAUUUGAUGCAUUUGUGUGGUUUUUGUCUUGGUGACAGGAUGUUGUUGUCAAAGCCUCCUGGUGAAAAACAUUCUGGGGACACAUGGGGCUGAGGGACUCACAUUCCAGGACAUUCUAACUUAUCCCUGCUGUGGUCCCCUUUAAACAAGGAAAUGACAGGUUACAUAAACUGCUGAAUUUAUAUAUGUAAUUUGUAAAUGAUGGGUGCAUUUUAAACUGUAAAUAUUCAGAAUGACAAAUUGUAAACUAAUUCCCAUGGUUGUAGGAACUGCUGGUCUGUACUUUAAA